AUGCUUUCAUUUCUUCUCUCAAACCAAAUAUGUCCUCCUUCCAUUUUAUCUCUCCUUCUUAAUUCCUGUCUUUUUACCUAUCUUCUUUCUUACCUCCUUCUUUCUUUCUUACCUCCUUCUUUCUUUCUUACCUCCUUCUUUCUUUCUUACCUCCUUCUUUCUUUCUUACCUCCUUCUUUCUUUCUUACCCCCUUCUUUCUUUCUUACCGUUCCACUUUUUCCCUUUCCACUUUUUCCCUUUCUUACCUUUCUUCUUCCCUUUCUUCCCUUUCUUCUUCUUCUUCCCUUUCCUCUUCUUCCCUUUCCUCUUCUUCCCUUUCCUCUUCUUCCCUUUCCUCUUCUUCCCUUUCCUCUUCUUCCCUUUCCUCUUCUUCCCUUUCCUCUUCUUCCCUUUCCUCUUCUUCCCUUUUUCCCUUUCUUACUUUUUCCCUUUCUUACUUUUCUUCUUCCUCUUCUUACUUUUUGCCUUUCCCUUUCUACUUGCCUUUCUUAGCACUCUUACCUUUAUUCUUCUUGUCUUUUUACCUAUCUUACCUUUCUUCUUCCUUCAUUACCUUUUCUCUUCCUUUCUUACCUUUUUCUCCUUUCUGUCUACUUACCAUUUUUCUUCCUGACCUCUUACCAUUUUUAAAGUCCAGUUUUGGUCCUUAG